GUUCCGUCCACCACCAUGUCAACCUCGCAUUCGAGUGCGGUCUCGCCGAGCCCUGUAUUGAGUCCCAACGGUCACGGGAGACUCACACCGCGGCAGCGCGAGAAGGCCCCCUUGAGUCUCGACGACGUCGCGCUGCCGGCUGGCGCCGACCAUGAAAUCAACCUCCUCAUCGCCGAGUACCUUGCGUCCCGGCAUCCGCGGUUAGCCGAUGCGCUAGCAGCGGAGAUUGGUCCGGCGCGCGACGAGGUGGUCCGGCAGGAGAUUGAGGCGGUCGAGAAGGCUAUUCUUGACGGCAACUUCAGCGCGCUCGAAGGCCUCCUCGCCUCCCCUGGCCUCCUCGGCCAGCAGACGCAGAAGGCGUUUCUGUACAUGUGCUACCGCCAGCAGUUCCUCGAGUACAUCGACAACCGGGAGAGCCAGAAGGCGUUCAACCUCCUCCAGAAGCGCCUGAAGCCGCUCGAGCACUACCAGCCUGUGCCGUACGACUUCUACUCCCUCGCCUACCUCACUUCCGCGAGCACGGUGCACGAUGCGCCGGGGCUGCGCGACUGGGCCGGCGCGGGGCCGGAGCGCGAGCGCCUCGUCUCCAUGUGGCGGGAGCUGACGGACGCGGCGAGAGUGAACGCGCAUGCGAUCGCGGGGGACGCGACGCCGUCGCGCCCCGUGCCACGGGACCGGUUGUUGAUGCUCCUGCGCCAAGCCACGGCGUGGCAAGUGGACGCGGCGCGGGGGCGGGGCGCGGGCCCGUGGCAGCUGCAGAGCUUGUUGACGGACUACUCGUCGCCGUCCGUCCCAACGCGACUAGAACGGCUCGUGAGAGGGCACCGCGCGAACAUCAAGUGCGUGGCGUUUCUGCGCGACGGGCGCGGUAUUAGCGGGAGCAGCGAUACGACGCUGCGUAUUUUCAACAUCCAUUCGGGGGCGACGGAGCGCGUGCUCACCGGCCACCAGAGCCGGGUGUGGGACGUAUCGCCGUCGCCUGAGGGUGCGUACAUUGCGUCGGGGUCCGGCGACGGCACGGUGCGCGUGUGGAGCGCCGACGGCGAGUGCGCGAGCGUGCUCGUCGGCGACGGCGGGGACGUGUACAGCGUGCGCUGGCAGCCGGGGCGCGAGGACCGGCUCGUCGCCGCGUGCUACGACAAGAUCUUGCGUCUGUGGGACGUCGGGGCGGACCGGCUUAUCCGCACGUUUUCGGGGCACGCGCAGAGCACGCUCGCGGUCGCGUUCGAUCCGGCGGGCAAAGUCAUCGCGAGCGGGAGCAAGGACAAGCACAUCCGCUUGUGGGACGCCGUCGGCGGCGUCUGCACCCAGACUAUGACGGCGCACCUCGGCGAGAUCACCAGCGUCGAGUUCGCACACGACGGCAAGUACCUCCUCGCGGGGUGCAAGGACAACUCGAUCCGCUUGUGGGAUCUGCGCAUGCAACGCAACAUCUACCGCUACACGGGCCACCAGAACACGUCAAAGAAUAUCAUCCGCUGCUCGUUCGCCUCCGAGUCGUCCUCCCUCAUCGCCAGCGGCUCAGAGGACGGCCUCGUGUAUCUGUGGGAGCGCGAUGCGGAGGGUUCCGAGACAUCGUCGUCGAUGCCCGGCUCGCCGCCGAUCCCCCCGGUUCCGCCCAGCGUGUUCCAGACAGUCGCGAGCAGCAUACACCCCGCGCGGGCGCCCACGCUUCCCCGCGGACCGGCAGGCGCGUCGCCCCGCUUCGGCGCAUCGCCCAGCGUGCCCGGCGCUACCACUGUGCGGCCUUUCAAGGCACUUGCGGGGCAUGGAGCAGGCGCCGUGUUCGAUGUGCGCGCCCUCGGCGGGACGUUGCUCAGCGGUGGCGAGGACGGGGCAGUGGGCGUGUGGGGAGCCGAGGAGGAGUAGCAUCUGGUACAGCAUGUAUGUCUGUUUUGUCGUGCCAACGA